ACCAAAUUUGGAAACUGCUGUAACCUUGAUUUGCAGGGGUUUUAGAAUAACUGCUGAAGGUAGAAAGCAUGCGGACGUGUACUGUGGUUGGGUUAGCGUUAUUACGUGCAAGGAGUUCUCCAAAUUUGUAACAAGCUGUAAUUGUGUUGAAAGUGAUGGCAGAUCCUCGCAUAAAAGCUCUUCGAAUUAAAACUGGAGUUGUAAAGCGACUGGCAAAGGAGAAAGUAUUGUACGAAAGGGAAGCAGAUGAACAGCGACAUCGUAUUCAGGAAUUUAAAGACCAAGGAAAAGACGAACAUGAUAUUCGUAAACAAGAAGAAGUUCUACAGGAAUCCCUGAUGAUGGUUCCUGACUGCCACCGACGUUUGGCGAAGGCAUUUAAUGAACUGAAAAUUCUCUUGGAAUCUGAAGCAGCCCUGAGUGAGUCAGAAGAGUAUAUCACAGCCAAGAAAGUUCUGGAGGAAGCAGAGGCACAGCUGCCAACUUCUGUAGCAUUGCAGAACAUGUGUUAAACUGACUAAAGAAACUAACAUAUCUAAUGCGUUGUUUUGUGCUGUAAUAUUAAACUAUAUUCUUCUCUUAAUUUUUCAUCAAUAAAGUAUUAAAAGAAA